AUGUCGGACAGUGCCAUCCCCGCGCUUCUCAUCAUCCUUAUCACCAUCCUUGUACCUCCCGUGGGCGUGUUCCUCGUCGCAGGCUGCGGCGCCGAUCUCUUCGUCAACAUCUGCCUGACCCUGCUCGGGUACAUCCCCGGCCACAUCCACGCGUUUUACGUCGAAUAUGUGUACUUUGACCGGAGGGAGAGGGCGAGACAAGGGCAAUUGACGGGGCAUCAGGCACCGGGAGUGUAUAGUGAGAGGGUGCAAUCUGGAGGGUCGGUCGGGUACGGGACGAUCUAG